AGGAAAAGAGAAUCUGAAGUAUUGUUAAGCUGUUGUGAGUUUGUGUCUCUCUCUUUAUGCAGUUAAAUGGCAGAAGCCAGAUUUUCUCAGGAUGAGUUUAUGUGUAUAGUGUGUCUGGAUCUCCUGAAGGAUCCAGUGACCAUUCCCUGUGGACACAGUUACUGUAAGAGCUGUAUUACAGACUACUGGGAUCAGACAAGCGUCUUCAGCUGCCCUCAGUGCAGAGAAACCUUCAGUCCAAGACCUGCUUUGGGGAAAAACACCAUUCUGGCUGAAAUGGUGGAGAAACUGAAGAAGAUAGAACUUUCUGAUGACUGUUACGCUGGAGCUGGAGAUGUUCAGUGUGACGUCUGUACUGGAAGAAAAUACAAAGCUGUCAAGUCCUGUCUGAUGUGUCUGAACUCUUACUGUCAGAAUCACCUCGAACAACAUGAGAGUUGGUUUAAAGGAAAGAGACACAGUUUGACUGAAGCCACUGGACGACUGCAGGAGAUGAUCUGCCAGAAACAUGAGAAGAUCCUUGAGAUUUUCUGUCGCACUGAACAGAAAUGUAUUUGUGUUCUGUGUGCGAUGGAUGAACAUAAAAACCACAACACGGUAUCAGCUGCAGCACAGAGGACAGAGAAACAGAGGCAGCUGAAGAAGACGCAGAAGACGCUCCAGCAGAGAGAGAAAUAUCUCCAGCAGCUGAGAGAGACUGUGGAGUCUCAUAAGGUGAGUGCACAGACAGCAGUGGAGGAAAGUGAGAGGAUCUUUACUGAGCUCAUCCGCUCCAUUGAGAGAAGCCGCUCUGAGCUGAUACGACUGAUCAGAGAUCAGGAAAAGACUGCAGUGAGUCGAGCUGAAGGACGACUGGAGCGACUGGAGCAGGAGAUCAAUGAUCUGAGGAGGAGAGAAGCUGAGCUGGAGCAGCUUUCACACACACAGGAUCACAUCCAGUUCCUGCAGAGUUUCCCGUCUCUCUCAGCACUUCCUGAAUCUACAGACGUAAAUGAUGAUCUCUUCUGUUCUCUCGUCUCUUCUGAUGGUCUGAGAGAAUCUGUCCAUCAGCUGAGAGACAAACUGGAAGAUUUCUGCAAAGAGGAGCUCAAGAAGAUCUCAGACAGAGUCACAAUCACCAACAUUGUUCCCAGAACCAGGAACGACUUCCUACAAUAUUCCCGUCAGCUCACUCUGGAUCUGAACACAGUGAACAAAUGGCUUGUUGUGUCUGAGAGCAACAGAGUGAUUACUGACACUGACAUACUCCAGUUUUAUCCUGAUCAUCCAGACAGAUUUGAUGUGUGUCAGGUGUUGUGUAGAGAGAGUGUGUGUGGACGCUGUUACUGGGAGGUCGAGUGGAGUGGAUGUGAGGGUGUGUUUAUAUCAGUGUCAUAUAAGAGCAUCAGCAGGAAGGGACAGGGUUAUGAGUGUAAGUUUGGAUCUAAUGAUCAGUCCUGGAGUUUGUACAGCACUCCCUCCAGAUACUCAUUUGGACACAAUAACAUAUGGACUUCUGUCCCUGUAGAGUCCAUCAGCAGUAGAAUAGGAGUGUUUGUGGAUCACAGUGCAGGAACUCUGUCCUUCUACAGCGUCUCUGACACAAUGAGCCUCAUCCACACAGUCCAGACCACAUUCACUCAGCCGCUCUAUCCUGGGUUUUGGGUUAAUUCUGGAUCAUCAGUGAAACUGUGUUGAUUAAUCAGAAUAGACUGAUGAGAGAUUCUACCCAUAAUGAUUUGAGCUGCAAGAUAAAUCAGUAACAGUAAGAUGUUAUAGAGUCUCUUCUUUUCUCUUCAUGACAUUAAUACUCAAGCUGAACUUCUUUCACUGAA